AUGGCUCCCUCCACUCUCCUCCUCACCCUUUCCGCACUCUCACUAUGUCUUCCCCCAGCCCUCUCCCACAUGCAAAUGGAAUCCCCCUCGCCCCUCCGCGACCCCCACAGCAACCGCCCCCAAGAACCAAAAGACUACAACAUCCUCACGCCCCUCAAACCCGACGGCCGCGACUUCACCUGCAAAGGCUACCAAUGGAACACGCCCCCCAUGCCCGUCGCCACGUACCACGCCGGAGAGACGUACACGCUGCGGCUCAAGGGCGGGGCGACGCACGGCGGCGGGUCGUGCCAGAUUGCGCUGUCUUGCGAUAAUGGCGUCAGGUUCAGGGUGCUGAAGAGCAUCAUUGGCGGGUGUCCUGUUAAGAAGGAGUAUGCAUUUACGGUUCCCGGGUUUGCGAGGAGUGCGCGGUGUUUGCUCGGUUGGACGUGGUUCAAUAGGAUUGGGAAUAGAGAGAUGUAUAUGAAUUGUGCCGUUGUCGAUAUCGUCGGUAACGCGAACAUGGCUGCCCAGAAGGCGCUCGAGAGGCUGCCGGCGCUGUAUGUGGCCAAUCUUGCGGGCAUCAACAGCUGCACCACCAAGGAGACUACGGACGUCGUGUUUGACGACCCGGGCGAUGAUGUGGAGUAUGGCGAAGGCAGCGCCGCUGCGGCGCCGAAGACGUGGAGUAGGAUCAAGAGGAGUAAUCGCUGUACGGGAGAUGGGCGUAGGGCAGCAUCCGGUGGAUCUGCAUCUUUUUCGAAAGUGCCGUCAUCGUCGCCAUCAUCGGCUGGGGACACCUCUUCUGACGACAGUGCCUCGUCCUGGCAGGGUGCUCACGAGUCUUCUGGCAGUGAUGGGAAAUGGGAUGACGGCACGGAGGACGAUGGGCCGUCGAAGCCUGCGCAGUGCAACGACGGCCAAUGGCAUCCCGACUGCUAUUCCAAGCCGUCGACCUCUUCGACUAUCGAUCUUCCUCCAACCAAUGCAGAGGUCAAGGCCGAGGUUGUAGACACCGAAGAGGCUUCUCCAAAAGCCGGGAAGGAUUAUGCUCCGUCAAGGCCGUGGCGGAAAUGGAGGGAUCGGAAAGGACGUGCGAGAUACUGGGAUACCCUACUACAGGGACUACGACUACUACGACUACAAUGCGAACGAGUACUCCUACCUCGACGAAGACCCGGACUUCACAGACUGGAACGUGAACCGCCAACAAGAACCCCCUCCUGA